AAGUAGACCCAUAUAUGGGUGAUGAUGAGGAGGAGUGUGUGAACUCGAUACACUGAAUAACGUCUCAAAAAUAACGGCGUCUCAAAAAUUUCAGAUAUAGAGAGAGAGGCAGAGCAGAAACUGAAAGUUUUGCAGAGAUAGAGAGAGACAUGCAGAGAAAGGUGACACGAGGCCGUCAGCGUGAAGGGUUCUGGUGGAGUGAAAAUCCAAUUGGUCAGCAGCCAAACAUGACACCUUACUACCAUACUCGUCUCUUCUUCAUCUGUCUGGAGAGAAGUCCUAGUUCUAGCUGGGCCUUUUAUGGUGAUUGGUCCCUAAAGAGAAAGUCUGUUGGCCACGAUGCAAGGUCAAGAUAGCACCUCCAAUGCCUUUCCAGGAACCUUUUAUUUGGAUAAUGGGUCCAAUGGCAUCAAUCUUCGACAAAAUGAGAAUAAUGUAGUUCCAGCUGAUGCUUCUGUUUAUCAUGGCCAUCCUGUCAUGGGUUGGAUGAGUCAAUCUAGUUCUAGCAUGAACAACCAAACCCUUGUUCGAUUUCGGGAUUUAUUAGCUGAAGAUGGGUUGCCAUCUAAUGGGAUGGAUCAAUCUACUUCUAGGGAGAACCCCCAAUCUCCGGUUCGAUUUCUGGAUUUAUUAGCUGAAGAUGGGUUGCUGUCUAAUGGGAUCGAUCAAUCUACUUCUGGUGUGAACACCCAAACUCCAGUUCGAUUUCAGGAUUUAUUAGCUGAAGAUAGUUUGAUGUCUUCCCCUGUUGCUAGUCCUGGAACUGGUCAGAGUUUGGAAGAAAGGCAUUCCGGGCCACUAAUUGCUCCCUUUCGACAAAGUGUUGACAUGAGCCUAGGAAAUGGCUGUUUCACUAACAGGUUAUUGCCUUUGCAACAGGCUAGUUCUAGUGCUUUCCCUCAGAACUUAGACUUAAAUGCAGCAUUUGGCAGCAACAGCAUAGAUGCCAAUCUGAAUACAGUUACAGAUUUGUGUCCAAGUACAUUUAAACCAGGUGGAUCAGAUGUUGAUAAAAAUCUAUCUGCCAGUGAUUCUUCUAAUUCUAGUCCCCUUGUGAUUUCUUCUGGAAUUGCGGGAUAUGUGGUGGAAGAAAAUGAGGAUGGAGAAGGUCGUUCACCGGAUGGUAGGCGUCUUUCAUGCAAGAGAAGAGCAGCCGAAGAUGCUUCUGGACAACUUUCUUUGGGUAGAAGCUCAAGAUCCACUCAACAAGCUGUUCCUACUCAAGAAAAUAAUACUAGAAGAUUGAAUUUAUCAACUACAGAUAAUCAUCCAAAUGUCAGGUAUUCGGAGCAGCUGGAUGCUGGAGUUGCGGUUGCUUUAGAGGCAACUCCUGUCAUGCAUCAAACUUCAAGCGCAGCAGGAGGUGAACUUGGAGCUCGUGCAGUUGCGAGCUCUUACAUUCAUCAAGCCUUAGCGAUGGUAGGAGAAGCUGAGCAGUCCCAAAGAAAUAUCCAUCUGAGAAGAAGAGUGAAUCAUCAAGAUUUUGUGCCAGCUAACUUUGCAACAUGGACCGCUAGGAAUUCUCCUCCACAAUUACGUGGUCAACCAGCUGUUCAUUCCUCACUUGAUUUUGUUCCAAACACAAGCUCAGUGACAAGAAUAGUUCACCCUACUCCUCCAAUGCAGCAGCCUGUCCAUGAUUCAUAUUCUUCAGAAACUUUGCAGCAGGGGAAUGCAAUCACCAGGUCAAGAACUGUUCUGCCGUCCACUUCUGUUUUUACUGUAAACAGAGGAGAUGCAACACUUUUAGAAGACAACUCAAGGAACAAUCAAAGAAAUGACAUGCUUACUCCUGAAUUUCAAAGGGGAAAUUUGGAACAUUUGUUAACAAACCCGAACUUUGUCCUUGGCACAAACUCUCCUGGAAAUAUUGCAUCCAAUUCUAGAAAUAGUUCUACUUUUCAUGUUCGCCAAUCAUCGGCGCCCAUCUUGUUCCCCGAAAGCAACAUGGCUCAGCAAUAUAUGGAGAGAACCUCAGACAUUGUCAAUGACAUUGAGGCUCAAAGGCAAGGUAGUUACUACCCACGACAUUUGGGUAUUGCUGAAAGAGAGUGGGAAUUAUCGAUGAGAGGUGGUAAUUCAAGGGCUUAUCAUGUACCUCUUAGAUCAGGAUUGACAAUACAAGCUGAGAGACAAAGUGAUGGCAAUCCUGAUGUGCCAAUGCGCUCUUUGACUGCUACUCAGAGGAGAAUGAGACUGUUAUCUGAGCUUCGGGUUCACAAUGCUGUGUCACUUCUGCGUAGGGAGCGCCUCUUUCAGUAUGCGGAUUUGUUGAUCAACCGUUCAGUGUUGUUUGGUGUACCUGAAGAGAAUGAUCUUCAUGAAGAUAUGCGUCUAGAUGUGGAUAACAUGUCUUACGAGGAACUACUGGCCCUAGAGGAGCGAAUUGGAAAUGUUUGCACUGGACUAAGUGAAGAAGCUAUUCAGGCACAUAUGAAGCCUCGCAAGUAUGAAGCAACUGCAGUAGGGCCUCUGAAAGAUGAACCAUGCUGCAUCUGUCAGGAGGAUUAUGCUGAUGGUGAAGAUCUUGGACAGCUGAACUGUGGGCAUGAAUUUCAUUUUAACUGCAUUAAACAGUGGCUUGUCCAGAAGAAUAACUGCCCUAUCUGCAAAAAGACAGGGUUUGAAGUUUGAGAUUGUUAAUUUCAGGACUUCUUUCUACAAUAAAGAUCACAUGACAUGCUAUGGAGAUUCUCUCCUGUCCAUGGAUCAUCCUUCUUGGCAACUUUUUACAUUAUGUUUUCUUGUUUUAAGGGAUGAUCAUCAAUAACUACAGUAGGCAACAAGACCAUGAGCUGCCUCAUGCACUUGCUGCUUCUAUUUUUAUUUUCUAAUGUUUAAGAUUCUGCAAUGACAUUCAGUCUAAAGGUUUUGGGGACCAAAAACUUGGAAAGGCACCCUUUCAUGUGAAAAGGGGCUUUGGCAGCUAGACCUUCUAAAUUUAUCUUUACUGUUAUAAACUAUUUCCUUGGUUUGCUA